GUCGUCGGACUCACCCGCCCGCCGCGCCGACCUCUCCUCUCCUCCCCUCCCCCGCCCCCCGCGGUUACAAAUACCCACCCACGCCACGCAUCCCUCUUUCCGAGGUACCUCCUGCCAGUCUCGAGCUCCAGCCAUCAAUCCGACGCGACAAAGAAACCAAGAACUCGCGCCGCGCUCCGGCCACAUCGAGGAAAGAAACCGAGAGCCCGAUCAUCAGCUCCGGCCACGCCGCGCUCGUCCCGCCCCGCCGUCCGCGCGCCGUUCUUGGGAGGAGUUCUUGCCCGGGCCGGAGAAGAUGGGGAAGAAGUCUGCGCCGAUUGGCAGCCGGUACGGCCGCGUGUGCGAGGAGCUGCUGGAGAUGGGCGCCCGGAUCGCCGUGCGGUCCUACGGGCACUGCCCUCAGACGGGGCGCAUGUACUACAAGCCCCCCUCGACUCCCGCCACCGCCGACGGCAGCGGGAACGGGAAGAAGGCCGCGUCCGGAGGGACCGCUAGUACGUUGGCGGCGGCGGAGGCGGCGGAGGCAGCGAGGAGGCAGCGGCAGGUGGCGUCCAAGGUGGAGUUUCACGGCUCGGAGUUCAUCUUGUACGGCGGCGGGAAGGAUUGACCCGCACGCGUCCACGCCGGCGGCAAGGAAGAAUCCGAGGCAUUGGUCGAGGUGAAGAGUGGGGGGUUUUGUCAUCCGCAUGAUCCGAGCAGUUCUUGUCUUUGAUUCUUUCUUUCUUUUUGUUCUUUGAUUCGGCUAUACGAGAAGGUUUUCCCACUCCCUCGAUUCUGUGCCGAGGGUUUUGAGAGUUGAGGUCGUUGAACUAAGUUCUUGAUUGAUUGAGCUGAAACUAGUCUGACAACUGAAUCCCUGAUUUCAUCUCGAGAAUUUUUC